CUUGACUUAACCGACGGGGUGUGCUGUUCUGAGAGGAAUUGGUAUGAGAAAACAAUAUUUAAUAUGUAUAAAUAUGGAAAAAUAUCGUCUAUAAUAUCAUUAAAGUCGCUUGGAAGAGAAUGCGACGAAAGUUGCGCUUCGUUGGAUCAUACUUGUGACGAUGAGAGCGACGUCAAUCAUCUUUAUAUAAACAGAAUAGAAGAUAUGAAAAGGAUUCUUUUUCCUGCAACUGACGACAUUUUGAAAAUGUCACCCAGAGCCAGACUAUGUAUUGCUCACGUGGAAAGGGAACUUUUUGAAUUAAAAAUGAAGAGAAAUGAAAUUUUAAGAAAGGAAAGUGAACUUAUAUAUACUCUCCAAGAUACACUUUUGGAUGAGGAAUGUGAAAAAUUAAGAAGAGAAUUUUCAUAUCUAUCUCAAAUAUCAGAUGAGGAAAAAACAGCAGAACAACAAUGUGAAGAAUAUGAAAUUCUGCAGAAAAUUGUAAAUAUAGUGGAUGAAAGAAAUAAUUUGCUAUUCGAUUUAGAUAUUGAGAGAUUAAGAGAAAUGGAAGAAGAUAAAGAAAUACAAAAUAAAUAUAUGUCUUAUAAGCUAGAAUGGAUGAAAUUAAUCGGUUCCUUGGAAGAUAUUAGGAGUAAAGGAAAUAUCAGACAAGCGAUUACAAGAUGGCUGGAACAGAUGGGCACAAAAUUUCAUUUAACAAAUAAAAAUUUUGUAAAUUAAAAAUUUAAUUGUAAUUUUGUUAAAAUUAUAAGCAACUUGAUAUAUUUGUAAAGUACUUAUAUUGAAAAUUUUUAUAUUUAAUAUAAAACUGGAUCUUCUAGUCCAGAAUAUUAUGUAGAAAAUGAAGUAUCGAUUAUCCUAAUUGGAUGAAUUGGGAUGUUGAAAAUUAAUGUCAUUCAAAGACAAUAUAUAAUUAUUUAGAAACAAUUGCUGAAAUACAAUACAAAAAUGGGUUUCGGGCAGAAGUUUUGUACCCGGAUCACGCUUUUGCGUAUACCAGUGAUUCCUGAAAUAGGUGGUAUGGCCCUCGAGGGCGGUAGAAGACUCGAGGAGCACCAGAAAGCUAGGGGAGAAAACUCAUUUUGAAACAAAUAUAUAAGAAAUAUAUGCACUAAAUGGGAGCAAUGGUCAAAAAAGUUUGGGAAGUACUGGUGUAGACUCAUAAGCCCAUGAUUUUCAUGUUCUCUGCAAAGACCACUUUGUUUAUCUAUUCGCGGAUGUUAUCGUCUACAACUUUAGUUUCUUUGAUAAAGAAAUUAAAUUUGGCAAAUUAUUUUUAAGAUAACAAACCGGAGAUUGAAGAGAGACAAAAAUGCUGUAUUAGAAAUCUCCGGGUAAAAGUAAACCGUCAAAGACACGAAAAUAUUUCUUAUAUUUUCUUAAUAUUUGAAGUUUUUAUAUGCUGUAAGUAGGAUUUAAUUAUUCGAAUAUUUUUAAAAUCUAUUUAUUUUGCAUUUUCUCGACUACCGUAAUGAAAUAUUAAUUAAUUGUAAAUCAUCGUUGUAUGAGGGGUGUUGAAAAAGUUCCCGGAAAGCGGUUAUUUUUAAUUUUCUGGGAUUCUGAUGGGUUAGCUCGUGGAUUUUCUUGAAGACCAAAGAAUAAUAAUUGCAAGCCAUUACGAAACUGUUAAGAAAACUGCAUGCAGCUC